AUGGUCAAAAAUAUAUGGGCUAAAAUAAUUGCUAAGAAUAGAUAUGAUGAGCAUGAGGAACCGGUUAAAGAAAUAGAAGAUUUUCUUGAAAUAACCUCUCAAACCGAAAGUGAAACAUCUGAAGUUGAAAAUACUGGAGUUUUACCUGAAGAUCAUCCAUUACUUGAACGUUUCCAAAAAGCUCUUCGUGAACAUUUAUUACGAGUUGAAUCACAGCUUAACAAUGAAAUAUUUGAUAUUGAACAACAAAUUAAAUUGAAAAAAAAAGCCCAUGAGGAUGUUGGUUGCAAAUUAUAUGAUAUGCAACAAGAAGUUAAAAAACAGAAUGAGAUACUUGAAGAAAGCUCAAAACAAUUAAAAGAAAUUCAUGAAAAAAGGAUUAAAGGUGAAGAAAAUUUAAUACCAUUAAGAGCAGAAUAUGAUGAUAGAUUAAAGUAUCACAAGGAAUUAAAAAAAGCUUAUAAUGAAAGAAUGUUAGAAUUAAGCCGAUUACAAGCUCUCGAAGUAAAUAUUAAAAAAUGGUCUGAUGAAAUUGAAGAUGAAAUAAGAGCUGCUAAACGUACUGUUAACAAAGAUUCACAAGAUCAAAGAUUAAAAGCUGAAGAAAAACGUUCAAUGGAUUUAAUAUUAUUUAAUUUGGAUGCUGAAAUUAAAAAGAAAGAACAAGAAUUAGAAGAAAUUAAUGAGCAAACUACUGAACAAUUAAGAAUUAAUGAAGUUUUACAAAGUAGUUUUAGUGAUGCAUGCGCUGAUUUAGAUGCUCUUCAACAUGAACAUAAACGUUUAACAAAUGCCUGGAAUGAAGUUAUCAUCUCAAUUCAACAUCGUGACAAAAUUUAUUCUCAAAAUAAAAAAUUACUUGAAGCUGAAAAAGAGGCAGUUAAACUUGCUACCUUGAGCAUAGAAGGAUCUAAGAAAAAUGCCUCCAAAGAAAUGGAAACCAAUGAACGAUUAGAAGCCUUUAAAACUCGUUUAAUAGAGGACAAAAAAAAUCUUUCCCGUCAUGUUGAAAAAGAAAGUACAAUAUUGAAAGAUCUUACAUCAAAGCAGGAACAAUUGAACGCUCUUAUUGAACAAACUGAUAAUGAUGUUACACUAGCUAAAGAGGAAGGAAAUCAUAUCACUGUUCAACUUAAACGUAUUCAAGAUACUCUUGAUAAAGAAUAUCGUACAAAACUUAAAAUUGAAGAAGAUGUACUUACUUUGGCUCAAGAUCAGUUAACAACUGACAUGGCAACCGAGUAUAGAAUGAAAAUUUUAAGAGAAAAUCAAUCUAAACGACGUCAACUUGAAUUAGCUCUAUCUAAUACCGAAAAAAAUCUUUCAGUUGGUUUACUAAAUUUAGAAAAAUUCAAAGGAAUAUUGGGUAAACUUAAAGAUGAAAAUGAUACCUUAUUAAAAAUUUAUAAUCAACUGAAUCAGCAAAAUGAAGACUAUGAAAAUGAAAUUAAAGAGCUUCAAAAAUCAAGUAAUUUAAAAUUGAAACAAAUCGAUAAUUUGAAUAGAAAAUUAGAAAGAUUAUUAAAAGAAACCCAGGGUGAGGAAAUCAGCCCAACUGAAAUGAAAAUCAAGGAAUUGGAAGCUCAAAUCCGUGAAACAAUUAUUGAAACUGAGAAAGCUCAGAAAUUUUGGUUAAUGUUGCAAGGCCUUUCAGUUAAUUUAUCAACAAAACGUUCUGCCCAACUAAAUGAAAUCCAAAUGAUUAGAAGGCAAAUUAUGAUAAACAAUCAAAAAUCAUUGAAGGUUGAUAAUAGUAUUGUGGAGCUCGAAAAUCAGAAUCGUGAAAUUCAAAGAAAUAUUAAAUCAUUUCGAACAAAAAUUGAAUUACUCGGGAAAAAAUGUCAAGAGAAAAAGAAAACUCAUAAUGCUAAUGAAGAAACGUGCGAAACUUUACAAGCUGAUUUUAUGGAACGCUUAAGAGUACAAGAAAUGGAAGUUUUACGAAUUGAGCAAGAAAUCAAAGAAGUAUUUGCUGAAAUAGAACUCUUUAAAGAACAAAUAUUAGAAAAAAAUCGUGAAGCUUUAGCAUGGGAAGCGAAAUAUAAAUUAAUUGAAGAAACGUUACAAUGGAAAAAAUCUGAAAAACAUCUAGAAAGUGAAAUGAAUCAAAUGAAAGCCGAAGUACAUCGUAUGGAAGUUCGUUACAGUCAGUUAAAACGUAUUCAAGAAAAACUUGUUACUGAGCUAGAAUAUUGUGUAUUACAUCGCGAAAAAAUAUUUGAUAAUGCCAUGAUCAGACAAAAAAUGGAUGGAACACAAUCUAAAAGUCGAUCAAACAUCCAGCAUAAAUUGAUAGAAAUGAAAAACAAAAUUAAAUUAAUUCAAAUUGAGGCAAUAUCUGCCGAAAAAAAGUUAAAAGAGUUAAAUGAAGCUUUUGAAUAUUUAAAAUUAGAAAUAACAAAUCGAAAAACUGAAUAUGAUGAAGCAAAAGAACAAAACAAAUUAAUUAUAAAUGAAUUAGAGCAAUCAAUGUUACUCAAAUAUCAAAAUUUAGAUAGCAUUGUAAGAAAGCAGCAAAGAGCUAAAAAAUAUCGUGCUUUAAUCACAAUGAAACCAAUACCAAAACUAUCAAGAACUGAAUCUGGACUUAACAUGGAAAAUCAAAAGCAACAUGAAAUAAAUAAUUCUUUGGUUCAAAUAACACAAGCCCUAAUUGCUGAUUUUCCAGCUAAGACAUUUUUGUUAACUCGAAUACUGCAAACAUUAAAGGAUGACUAAACUUCUUUGCAAAAUUGUUAAUUGCAGUUUUUGAAUUUAGAAGCACAUUGAAAUAAUCUUUUCAUGAAUACACGAUUUUCUACCACAGUUUUCGAAAUUUGCACAGUAUGACGAAUUCGU